UUGCAGUGUUUCAGCCAACGAUGCUUGUGAUUUGCCCCAUGUCCUAGCCCUAGCCAUGUACAACGUCACUGCUCAGCGACAGAUUGCGCGAAAAGAGCUGAAAGAAGGGCUUGAAGGGGCCAGAUCGUGGCACCACCAGUACAAGGAUUCUGCCUAUGUCUACAUUGGAGGCUUGCAUGAAGGUUUGACCGAAGGUGACGUGGUCAUCGUCUUUUCGCAGUUUGGAGAGGUCGUGGAUUGUCACCUGGUCCGGGACCGAUCGACGGGGAAGUCCAAGGGCUUCGCGUUCGUGUGCUUCGACGACCAACGCAGCACGGUGCUGGCAGUGGAUAACAUGAACGGGUAUCAACUGCUGAAGAGGACCUUGCGAGUGGAUCAUGUGGAGAAGUUUAAGGCUCCCAAGCAAUUUGAUGAGAAUGAUUUGGAUGAGAAUGGAGAUCCAAAGCUCUUAGAAUACAAAGCUUCAGGCGCAGAGGGUCAAGGUUACCAAGUUUACAAUGUAUUGGAAAGUCAGAAGAAGAUUGUUGCAGCCAUGGAAGCUCGAAAGAACUACUGGGAAGACAAGAAAGCCAAAGAGGCGCCUGAGGAUGAGGAUGAAGCUUGGGCCAGGUCCUUCGAAGAGAACCUCCAAGAUAUGAAGGAGGUUGACAAAGAACGGAAGAGACUGAAGAAGCUCAAGAAAGACAAGAAGGAGUUGAAGCGCAUGAAGAAAGAGGCAAAGAAGUUGAAGAAGGAAGCAAAGAAGGUCAAGAAAGAAGCUAAACGCAAGGGAGAUGUCAGCAAGGUCAAGGAAGAACCCAAAAAGGCCAAGAAGGAAGCGAAGAGUGAAGACGACUCCUCCGAUUCCGAUAGUGAUUCAUAA